AUGACCGUCCUUUUGAUCGUUUCUGGUCUGUGGUAUGUUUGCGUAAGUUACAGUAUCCUUUAUAUUAUAUGUAGUCCGUAAUUAUCCAUUUAUUCUUCAGUUGGUCAGCACGGUGAUUUUAUUCGAAUGUUUUGGAAAGAAGGAACGCCAUCGUAACCGCGAAGUUGGGGACUCCGUUCGCACUCUGCCAAAGCAGCCUGCGCCGGAGGCAUCGCCCGCGCCGGGGGCAUCGCCUGCGCCAGGGGCGUCGCCUGCUCCGGAGGCAUCGCCCGCUCCAUAA